AUGGCGACAAAACACAAUCGAUCUGCUCUGGACUUCGUCGAUGAUCUUCAGUGGAACAUGAAUGCUAACGGUUCAGAAUCGUUUGCAACACUGCAAGAUGCUUUGAACUACGUGGAAUUUACAUCCGGUAUGCAUAUUAAUGAAUCAGUCGUUCCAGUGCCAAAACAAUCCAUAUGGCUGUCGGUAUUAAAUCUAAUUCCACUUUCAUUGGGGAUUAUCGGACUACUCUUCAAUAUUCUUGCUCUGUUAAUAUUCACAGCGUCGAAAACAUUUCGGCAAAGCCCGUUUCGAUAUUAUAUUUACGCAUUUGUGCUGGUAAAUUGUGCAAGUAUCCUAUCCCAUUCUUGGCUCUACAUGGUGUUUUACAUUGCUGAUCAAAUCAGAGUCUGUAAAUAUAUCCAUUACUUACAACAAUCAUUAUCAACAACCUCACUCUGGACGAUGGUUCUUUUAUCAUUAGAACGUUCGUUUACAUUCAUUCGACCAUUCGCAGUGAAAAACGUGUUAAGUUCACGAACCAUUUGUUUGGUCAUAUUCCUGGUGAUUUGUUUAUGUUUUCUCUUACAUAUCGAUGAAUUGGUAUCCGUUAACAGCAAAGCCUUCCGAUGGGUGAAUUUCGCCUAUGGUCUAUGCUCAUUUAAGCGUGAUUCGCUAAUAAAAGCCGACCGGAUUAAAAUCCUAACACAUUCACAUUCAUUCAUACUGCCAUUUGUAUUAAACACAAUUUUGGACGUCUACAUCUGUUACAAAAUCUGCCAACGACGCAAACGUCUUCUAGAAAAGACGCCAUCAAUUGUACGGAAAAGUAUGAAGUUCCGUCGGUCAAGAAAUUUACUAGCUAAUGAAAUAACCCUAAUACUAUUAUGGCAAUCUAUGUGGCUAUUAAUAACAUAUUUUCCCGCGCAUCUUUAUUAUUUCUGGAUAUCAUUUAAAUUAACCAACGCUCAUGAUCGUGAUAAUUCAAUACACGUAUUCAUCAUACGACUCAAUUUACUUGUUUAUUUAGCUUUUUCACCUACACUCUAUGUUAUUUUCAGUCCAACUCUGCGAAGAGAAAUUGGUUAUCAUCUGUGUCGGUCGUACAAAAAACGGCGAGCAACUAGUUCAAGCUGCGUGUCGCUCUCACAUCGCAAAUCGGAUAAUCAUCUGAAUGAGCGGAGACGAUCGCGCUUGUCAAUGUUGGUUACAAGAAGUGAAGAACUGCCGAGAAGAUGUCCGCAAACAACUGUUAAACAUCCAGAAAGAUGUGUGAAGACUUUUCAUUCGAAAAGUACACCGUGUUUAUUGCCUGCGACGCAGAAAAAUGAAUUGUACCAAUAUAUGAAAACUGAACGAUCUUCGACCUUGCUUCAGUAA